AUGGGUAGCCCACAGGAAGCCGAGGCUAAUGUACCGCCUGCCUACAUUAACGGCGCUCCGAAUUUUCAAGGAGGCCAACCACCUCUGGGGGUUACCACGUACUCCCAACCGCCUCCGAGCGUUACCUCGAACACGACUGGCUCCUCGCCCCAGCCAACCAUGUCGCAAAUCUCACAGGGCACACCUGUUGUCCCGGUGGGAGCCCAACCACAAUACUUCCAACCACAGAACGUCGGGACAGUCGGGAGCAUGCAGCAGUUGCAGAAUCCGCAACAGCCCCAGCAUCCCCAGCCGAACAACUUUGGCGUGAUGAUGGCGCCCUCGCCGACGUUCCAGCCUGGGACUGUCAACGGGCAGCAGCAGCAGCAGAUGCAGCAGAUUCAGCAGCAGUCGCCGGUGUAUGGUGGACAGCCCCAGUCGCCUCCUGCUACGAGCUACAGUGCGUCUGGACAGCCACCGUUACAGGUUGUGUCGCCCUUGCAUGUCCUCGGACCUGGCCCUGGUGCUGUUCAGUGCCCCAGUUGUGGUUCCCGAGGGAUUACGAAUAUUACGUUGGAGAAUGGGAGUACCACUCAGUGA